GUCAUUACUAAUGUACCGAAAGCAUCUUCUACAAAAGAUAUUCCUGAUCCCUCACCUGAUAUAGAACAUAGCCCGACAAAAUCUGAAGAAUUGGAGAUUCGAUGCUCUGCAUCACCCUCUGCAACCUCUUUACCGCAAGAUGAUACAUCUAAACAAAUUGAAGUUAAAUCUUUACCGGAGGUUGAUAUAUGUGAAGAGAUUGAUCGAUAUUCUGAUCCAUCAGAAGUCAAGAUACAGGUAAGUGCGCCCGAUAACUCGCGAAGUGGGGAUGCUAUCGCAUCUGAAGAUUCCAACUAUGAAUACGAUUUUGAAGAUCCCUACGAUAACAACGAAGAGGAAGAUGAUGAUGGAUUCUGUGGAUUUUCUGACGAUGAUUAUGAAGGUUAUUAUUAUGAUUUAAAUACCGGUGAAACUUAUACAAAAUCGGAACGUUCAAUCUGCGCAUAUUAA